CAAGUGCUUGUAUCCAUGGUUGUACAUGAUGUAUCAACCCUACGUACAUUAUGUAUGUAGGUACAUGUAGCAUCGAUCAAUGAUCUUGAUAAUACGCAUAUGGGUCUUCAGAUGCCAUGAUGCAACAAUCUACAUAUGUCUAGCCAGAACGAGCCUAUGAAGAGAACUACAAGUCCCUGGAUUAAUCUCUGGCAAGAAGCUCAUUGGAUACAAAUCUUCAAUUGCUUGUCCAACAUUAAAACUUGUCGAAUCGGAUUGAAGCAGGUGCUAGAAGAUCAGACAUAGUUACCGGGUUAGGAACUUUAGAUCAUGAAAAUGAUAGAACAGCGCCUUCUUCGGUAGCGACCCUUCCGUACUUCGGGGCACACCAAGCCUAUGGAUCGCAGAGUAGGGUUAUACCUUUGCGUACACUGACCUGGACUAUAUAUCGAAUUUUGACUUCUCUAAGGUUAGACGUUCCAGUUCUUCUCCUGUGUUCUUUUCGAAACUAUGGCCAAACCAUAUAACCAGAUAGUUCUGUUUGGGGACUCUCUCUUUCAGAAUGCUAGCCAGGUUCUAGAUGGCUUCUCCUUCCAGGGUGCCCUGCAGGGUCAAAGUAUUCGACAUCUGGACGUGGUGAAUAGGGGGUUCUCUGGCUAUAACACGAAGAACGCCUUGGAGUUGCUUCCCCAGAUAUUUCUGCCGCCGUCGCCCUCAAACCCCAAGAUAGAGUACCUUCUGGUACUAUUAGGUGCCAAUGAUGCUUGCCUCCCUAUGCCGACAAACACCCAAGGAGUUCCGGUCGACCAAUAUAAAGAAAAUCUGACCAAGAUCUUAACUCACGAGCACAUAAAAGCUCAUAGCCCAAAGAUCUUACUGGUCACGCCUCCCCCAAUCGAUGAAAUUCGUAUCACAGAGCUUGACAUGGCUAUGGGCCACUCACAAGCGACACGGCAAGCGGCUGUCAGCGCUACCUACUCCGAGUCGGCUAGAAGAGUAGCUGCGGAGAUUCCCGGAGUCGUGCUUAUUGACUUGCAGAAAGCCCUCUUGGACAAGGCUAUCUCCUUGACCUCGGAAUUCGAUACGAGCGGUCCUCCUCUGGGAUAUCCUCAAGGCAAGCGGGGCGCCUUGGAGCAGCUAUUGCCGGAUGGGUUGCACAUGAGUGGAGGGGCCUACAAGGUCCUCUAUGACCUUGUUCUGCCACACAUCGAACCAUUCCCAGCAGGCAAGGGAGUAUUUCCUGAUUGGCGUGUGCUAAAUCCCGGUACACUUUAAUCGCUCAUAGAAGCGUGUUUAGAAGCCUAGGGAUAGUGGUGUAGGUUAGGUAUUCAGAUGGGUAUGAUUAUUUAGUCUUAGGUGAGAUGUGAAUAGUAAUAUAAAAAUGAAUAUUACGUUGAGGCCCCUUGAGUCCUUCAAAAGAGAAUAAUUAGUAAUUAUGUACCUAUUAGGUAUGCAUAUAAUAGGUAGGGCGGAGAACGCUAUCGAAGCCAUUUCGCUCUGGGCACCCCUAUCAAGACCGGGCACCCGGACACUCCCAAGAGUCCCAGCUGCGAAAAAUGCUGCGCUAACAGAGCCCUUUCCGCGAUCCUGGUAAACCGGAUGCUCUACAUAUCUGGAUGCUGGACAGAUGUCCAUAGUCACGUGAUACAAAGUAGGGGUAUUGGCUAGCUACAAGAGCCCUUAUUAACAACUGUAGGUAGGUACUAAAAAAGUAGUACGCAAAAAACAAAGAAAAAAAUAGUUAAAGGCACAAGUUACUAGUUAUGUACUAUGUCGUAGAAUCA